UGGCCGCUGCACGUUGCCGGACGUACGACGUGCAUUCCCUCCCGUGUGGGCGGGGCUGAAGGACUGACUGAUGACGGAACGCUGGGACAGCCUGGGGGCGGAGCCACGGCGUUUGGCGCGAAAUUUUCUUUUCUCCACCUUCUUUCCUACUAGGCGCGGGCUUUGACUCCGGCGUGCGCCCAGUGGAUGUAAGAGGAGUCCAGCGGGGGCAGGUUAGAGUUGCAGCUGCUCCACGAACUCUUGGAGCUGAGACGGUGGGAGCAGAGGGCUUCGGCGCCCGUAGCCUAUUUUGCCUGAUUGCAUUGUGGAAAGGUGAAAAAUUCCAAGUUUACUUCUGAUAAUACCGUUACCAAGUUUACUUCUGACAGAUCAUCCAUUAAAAGGAAUAUUUAUUGUAAGGAACCAUGGCGUGCUACCCUACAAGGCUGAAGACUAGACAAACUUAUUCAUGGGUUGGCAAGCCGUCUUUGGACCAAAAACUACGCUACUACACCUACAAAGAAAUGAGUGUCAAAAUGGAAGGUGGUCUGAGUGAGAUUCAUAUCCAAGUUGGACAGUUCGUGUUGAUAGAAGGGGAUGAUGAUGAAAAUCCAUAUGUUGCUAAAUUGGUUGAGUUGUUUGAAGAUGAUUCUGAGCUUCAUUCUAAGAAACGUGCUCGAGUACAGUGGUUUAUCCGUUUCUGUGAAGUUCCUGCCAGUAAACGGCAUUUGCUAGGCCGGGAGCCUGCUGCACAGGAGAUAUUCUGGUAUGAUUACCCUGCCUGUAACAGCAACAUUAGUGCUGAGACCAUCAUUGACCACGUGCAGGUAGUAGCUUUAGGCCCAGAUGAAGUGAUACCUGUGGAUGUGAGAAAUGAGGAGACACUCUUUGUGAAACUAUCUUGGAAUGAGAAGACAUUCAGGCCAUUAUCGCCAGAACUAUUUGCAGAGUUUGAUCGGCCACAAGAAAGUAGUCCUAGGUGCCAGAAGCCUGUGGGAGCCAAGACUAAGGGCCUGGGAAGCCCUUCUUCGACCACAGCAGAGCAUGCAAUCAAAAGGAUUGAAUCAAGGCACUCUACCUCCAAAUUUCGCCAAACUCCUUCCCAUCUUGUCACCCCAAAGGCAAAGAAGAGAUUGGAGCUUGGUGGAUUCCCUAGGACCCCUAGCACUAGGAUUUCCCAGCAGAAUUCAGGGACCUUGUUGGAUUCUCCCAGAAGAAGUAAACGAAAAGUGGCCUUCUCUGAGAUCACCUCACCUACUAAGAGGUCUCAGCCUGAUAGACUUCAUACCUCAUCCCCAGCUCUGAAAGCCCUACAGAAAACUGGAGAGAUUCAAAGCUCAUGUGCUGCGGAUGACAAGAAGGCAUCACCUAACUGUCACAGGAUCCUGAGAACCCGAGUCCCAGCUUUGAAAACCACAGAGAUUAGUGAGGAAAGAAGACUUACCCCUACCAGGGGGCGGAAAUCCUCGGCAGUGCCUUCCGUGGUUCUGAAACCAGAUAGCAUCAAAAAGAGGGAGGCAGAAGAACCAGAAGCUCCAGAAGAUCCUACCUCUACCCCACAUCGGAUCCGUAGGAAGAGUUCUGUCUUGACUUUGAAUCGGAUUAGACAGCAGCUUCGGUUUUUAGGUAACAGUAAGAGUGACCAAGAAGAGGAGGAGUUUCUGCCGGCAGCAGAGAUUUCAGACUCUGGCAGUGAGGAGGAAGAGACUCCCACACCAACCCUCUCAAGGAGAACAUCUAGUCAGGUGUCCAAGGACCCAUGCUCUUCCAUGAAGUCAUCCUUACAGACCCCCUCAAAGACACCAAAGAAAACCCCCAAGCCCGGCACGCCACGCCAUGCCACUCCUCAGAUCCGCAGCCGAAACCAGGCUGCCCAGGAGCCAGCCAGCAUGCUGGAGGAGGCCCGGCUGAGGCUGCAUGUUUCUGCUGUACCCGAGUCUCUUCCCUGUCGGGAACAGGAAUUCCAAAACAUCUACAACUUUGUGGAAAGCAAACUCUUGGACCGGACGGGAGGGUGCAUGUACAUCUCCGGGGUCCCCGGGACAGGGAAGACCGCCACUGUGCACGAGGUGAUACGCUGCCUGCAGCAGGCAGCCCAAGCAAAUGACCUUCCUCCCUUUCAGUACAUCGAGGUCAAUGGCAUGAAGCUGACAGAGCCCCAUCAGGUCUAUGUGCAGAUCUUGCAGAAGCUGACCGGCCAGAAGGCAACCGCUAACCAUGCAGCAGAACUGCUGGCAAAGCGCUUUCUGACCCGGAAGUCCUCUCAGGAAAGCACUGUGCUGCUUGUGGAUGAGCUUGACCUUCUGUGGACUCAGAAACAAGACGUGCUGUACAAUCUCUUUGACUGGCCCGCUCACCGGGAGGCCCGGCUUGUAGUCCUGACCAUCGCCAACACAAUGGACCUGCCAGAGCGCAUCAUGAUGAACCGGGUCUCGAGCCGACUGGGGCUUACCAGGAUGUCCUUCCAGCCCUAUACUCACAGCCAACUGCAGCAGAUCCUAACAUGCCGACUCAAACAUGUGAAGGCCUUUGAGGACGAUGCCAUCCAGCUGGUAGCCAGGAAGGUGGCAGCCCUUUCCGGAGAUGCACGGCGCUGCCUGGACAUCUGUAGGCGUGCCACGGAGAUCUGUGAGUUCUCCUGCCAGAAGCCUGACUCACCUGGCCUGGUCACUGUAACCCACUUGCUACAAGCAGUAGAUGAGAUGUUCUCAUCGUCAUAUAUCACUGCCAUCAAAAAUUCCUCUGUUCUGGAACAGAGUUUCCUGAGAGCCAUCCUUGCUGAGUUCCGUCGAUCAGGACUGGAAGAAGCAACAUUUCAACAGGUAUACACUCAACACGUGGCACUGUGCAGAAUGGAGGGACUUCCGUACCCCACCAUGUCAGAGACAAUGGCAGUGUGCUCUCACCUGGGCUCCUGCCGCCUCCUCCUUGUGGAGCCCAGCAGGAACGACCUGCUCCUUCGUGUGCGACUCAACGUCAGCCAGGACGAUGUACUGUACGCGCUGAGGGAGUGAAGGGCCUCAUGAGGAAGGACUGUGAUCAGCUCUUUUCAAAGGGCUUCAUUUCCUCUUUCUAGGCAGGUGGAAUUGUUGUAGCAAAACAUACUGAAUGGGAAUGGCUGUCAGGUAUUUUGAAGUUUUCCAUUAAAUAAUUUCCUUUUUCUAGAG